GGAAGAGAAGCCUCUGCGCCGCGUACGUCACGUCAUGGAGGAAGAUGUCUGAACAGAGGUGUGAUUGUUCCGUCCUGCCUGACACACCGCUCGACACUCGGCUUGUUCCAGAGAGUGAGCAGCGAGGAUAAGGGCCGUAGUCAAGCUGCCUUAGUAACGGAAUGUCGUUUCAAACACAAGCCACAGUCGGUUAUUCGCUGAAUUUCGUCCCACAGACGUCGGACGAUGCUAAACGUCUUACCAACUAGUCGUAGUUAGUGUGUUUGUGUGUUUGUGUGUGUGUGUCCACUCUAUCAGCCGUCCAGCUACCUGACAGUCGGCGGAUUUAUCCGCAAACCGAACGCCAGGUGUGAAGCAGCCAGGUAGCAUCAGGAGACGGCGGUGACAGCCACGUCAGCUAACAGUAACUAACGUUAGCUCGUAUUUCACCGGUCUGUUAGCGCGUCUGUGCGGGUUUAGUCUUGUGUUCUUAUUAUCCAACAAAAAGAGGACGUUUAUCCGCGACAAUGGCUCCGAUGGGUAUCCGACUGUCACCGCUCGGUGUGGCGGUGUUCUGCCUGCUUGGAGUCGGCGUCAUCUACCACCUGUACGCGGGGGUCAUCUCCAACCGCUUCGCUGCUUUCAGGCAGAGGAGAAAAGUGGAUCUGAGGGACCUGCUGGCUGUCUCAGUGGAGGCUGCAGUACUGGGCGGCAGAGAGGUGAAGUUGGUGCGUGAACAAAAUGGCCUGAAGGAGAAGUCAAAGGGCCAUACGAGGGAGGGAGCCAGCGAGCCUCUGACCAUGGGUGACCUGCAGUCUCAUAGAAAGAUGUUUAACCUCAUAAAGAACACCUUUCCUGAAGUCACGGUGAACAGUGAGGAACAUGACAACAUGGUGGACAAGGUAACCUGGAGCCGGGACAUUCCAGCUGACAUACUAGAAAAGAUAGAAGGGGGGAAGGACGUCCCUCCUGAGGCCCUCACAGUGUGGAUCGAUCCUCUAGAUGCUACAAAGGAAUACACAGAGAAUCUGGUGAAGUAUGUGACCACAAUGGUCUGUGUGGCUCUAGAGGGUAAACCCGUCAUCGGGGUGAUACACCAGCCUUUCACUGGGUUCACUGCCUGGGCGUUUGUAGGUCAGGGUUCAAACAUGCGUCCCAGGUCGUCGUACAGUGUCAACCCUCCAACGAUGAUUGUAUCACGUUCUCACGCUGGAGAAGUGAAAAGUUUCAUUCAGGAUGCGUUUGGAAACAGCUCAUCAGUCAUAGCAGCAGGUGGAGCAGGAUAUAAAGUCCUGUCACUGCUGGAGAUGCCUUCAAGUGAUGCAGAUUCUAUAGACCAGGCAGAUGUUUAUGUCCACAUCACCUUCAUUAAGAAAUGGGACAUCUGCGCUGGAGCAGCACUACUGAAUGCACUGGGAGGCUAUAUGACAACCCUAAAGGGAGAGGUCAUCGACUACAGUGGAACACCACUCAACAAAGGAGGACUGGUGGCCAGUAUUGGUGUGGACCAUAAGGCCUUAGUGGAGAAACUACCAGACUGGGACCCUGAGAAGCACUGAGAGACAAACACAGAGCCAUUGAUAGUUUGGUCACGUUGUGUUAAGGGCAACAUGUGGCAGCCUUCUUCAGUAACUAAGAGCGGGCAGCAGACGUAACCAGACCUGAGCGACUCCAUCAUGGCGGGACACCAAACAUCUGCCAAUCGAACACAGAUUGGAUUGACCGUCAGCGACAUGUGCCACUGAGCAGGAACCAACAUGGCUGCCAAUUUAAACUGCAAUGGCUCUGAACACACACUUCAGGACAUCCGUACAUACUUGCAGCUUGGAGAAACGGUACAUCAUGCAUACACACACACACACACACACAGUGAACACUGGACUGCAGUUUGCCAACCCAUCUCCGCCCUACAAACCCCCAAGUCGCUUCACUUCCAGAGGACAACAGUAUGACUCUAAUGUGAAACCUGAGGAGCACAACACUGAACAUUACAGCAGUUUCAUCUUGUUAAGUCCAUCUUCAUCUCCUGAUAUUCCAGAGAAAACACGAGCAAGGAACUCAAUGUAUUCCAGACUGGCACGGUAUCACUGAAAUCCACAUCAGCUUUGCUCGGUUAGUGAAUCGGCCACUUGUCAUUAUCUGUGAACGGGAAAACAUGAUGAGCCUCAAUGGCCUAAACAAUCAAUGUACUAUGGGUUUACUGAUCAACCAGCACAACAGAGCAUUUGAGCUUUGGACAGCUCUACUAGAAGGUCAUUACAGUAAAAAAAAAAAAAAAAAGUUUAAUCCUUUAAUAAAUAAAUACACUACACACAAACAGUCUUUGAAAGUGAACUACGGAAGUGAGAGUGAAUUUAUUUGUAGACAAAUCAUGACAAAACCCAGAAUCAGGUUUACUAAGUUCUUAAUUUUGAAGAAAACAGAAAAGAAUGUUUUAUCACAGUGAAGUCAAGGUGAAAUGGUCAAAACAGAAAAUUGUCUAGGUUCUGUCUUAUCGUCCUUCCUGUCUGAGACCGUUUUUUGGCUGAUUAAACCUAUUCUUAAGUUUUGGUGUGGACAUGCCAUAACUAAUGUUUAAUUUACUGCUCUAAAAGGUUACACAAACAGCACAAUAUAACUGCAGGGAGAAGUCGAAGCUCAUUUUUAAUGAGUCAGAGUGUGCGAAGUCUUUAUCGUUUAUCUUCCUCAACAUCCUGUAAAUAAAUAAAAUGAGUCAGACUGAAUUGAAUUGAAGUCUUGAAGCAGCGUCACACAUCGCUUCCUCUCCACUACACACUGUGUUGGCUGGAUCGUUGAGAGCAGAGGAUCAGCUGACAGGUCCUGUAGGAACAGACUAAAGACUGGAUGGCGGGGUGGUCUUUCCUCUGCUGAGAACAAUGUACAAAACAAUCCAUGCAAUGUGUGGAUGGACACAGGAGAAAAGCACUUCUGUUUCAGAGGUGUGCUUUCACCGAGAAUCGGGUAGAAGUUUAAAGUCAUAUUGAGGACUGUUUGAACAAGUCUGGACCGGAUCACUCCCUCCACCCUGUUCCCAAACCAUUUCUGAAUAUUGUACUGUGCACUAUUCAAAGUCAUGGAUGCAAAAAUGACCCGUUAUAGUCAUAUCAUGUCAGAGACUGGACUGUACACUGUGUUUACGUACACAUGUACUUGCAUGGUUUUGUAUUUUGAAUAACCUUUGGUCCUCUAACUCAUCACGUCAGCCUCGAUGUCUGCAGACUGCCUGAAGGUCUUUCUGUACCGUCUGCCAUAAGAGUGUCGGUCUGUUUAAACUGAUGGUUCUACAGCUGACAUUCGUGUUGUGUUGAGCAGCUUUUCUUUUUGCUGUGAAACCAUAUUAAAUAGUGGAAAAAAAACUAAACACCAGCAGAA